CGGCCGCAGUUUGAGAGAGAGCAAGCAGCUGAAGCAAGAGGACUCCUCUCGUCGGUCGCCCAAUGGUUGGCGUUCGCAGGCCGAUGUGCAAGUCCAAGAGCUCCGCCGCCACCGCAACCGCCGACUCCGUCGUCCCGUCGACGUCCCGCUCCUCCAGCACCCACCACCGCCGCAACCACACCAACUCCUACAACUCCUCCGCGUCCUCCCUCUCCACCACCUCCUCCUCCGCCGCCUCCUCCCUGCAGGCCCUCAAGCAGGGCUCCCUCCCGAACCUCCCGCUCCUCCUCACCUUCGCCGAGCUCGCCGCCGCCACCUCCAACUUCUCCCCCACCCACCGCCUCGCCCCGUCCUCCUCCAACUCCUUCCGCUGCGCGCUCCGGGGCCACCCGGCCGCCGUCUUCCGCCGCGCGCUGCGGCGCGACCCGGCCGAGGUCUCCGCCCGCCUCGCCGUGCUCGGCCACUGCCACCACGCCGCCAUCGCGCGCCUCUACGGCGCCGCCGCCUCCCCCGACGGCUCCCUCUUCCUCGCCUACGAGCUCGUCCCGGACGCCGCCCCGCUCUCCGCCCUCCUCCGCGGCGCCGCGCACAACCGCGCCUUCACGCCGCUGGCCACCUGGGCCGCCCGCCUCCGCGUCGCCGCCGACGCCUGCGACGCGCUCAGCUACGUCCACCUCCAGGCCGGCACCGUCCACAACCGCCUCUCCUCCUCCACCGUCCUCGUCUGCGGCGACGGCGCCCGCCUCCGCGCCAAGAUCGCCCAUUUCGGCGCCGCCGACCUCGCCGGCGAGCUCCCCCCGUCCGACUCCGACACCCAAUCCCACCCCACCAGCGCCAGGCACCGCCGCACGGGGAGCCGGCGGAUCGAGGGCACGCGCGGGUACAUGGCGCCGGAGAUCAUCGCGGGGGGCGCGCCCUCACGGAGCUCCGACGUGUUCGCGCUCGGCGUGCUGCUGCUGGAGCUGCUGUCCGGGGAAGAACCCGUGCGAUACGAGCACAACAAGGCGACUGGCGAGUACGAGCGGACGUCGCUGAUCGAGACCGCCGGUGCCGCGGCGGGCGGCGGGGAGGCGAUGCGGCGGUGGGUGGACCGGAGGCUGAAAGAUUCAUUCCCCGUCGACGCGGCCGAGACGCUCACGGCGGUGGCGCUGCGGUGCGUCGCCAAGGACCCCGCGGCCCGGCCGGAGAUGCCCUGGGUCGCCGCCAAGGUCUCCAAGCUCUUCCUCGAGGCGCAGGACUGGGCCGACAAGUUCCGCGUCCCCACCGACAUCUCCGUCUCAUUCGCUCCCAGGUGAACUCGCCUAGCUCGAGCGCCAUCGCCGAUUGCUCAAUUGCUCGCCGGAGACGUGAAUUCACGUAGCUGCCAUCGCCAAUUGUUCGCUGGAGCUUUUUCGACCGUAUAGUUGAUGAAUGCUGAUUGUUGCUGACUGCUGAGUAAUUGAAUCAGAAUUGCUGAUAGGUAGGUGAUUGUUCUUCCCAUGGCUAACAAUAGAUGAGUGGUACUGCUGCUACAGUACUACUAAUGUGAACAUGUACAUAGUAAAUCAGCCAAGGUCUUGUCAUUUUGUUCUUGGUUCUUACUGCUGAUGUGCACAGGAGUGGUAUGUUAUGUAAUAUAAUACACACAGAUGAGAACA